GGACACGCCCAGAAAUCGCUGAAAAAUAUUCAAACAAGUGUCUAGCUGUGAGGUCAGGUCGAAGAUUUGUGUAAAAAUCUCAUAUUCGUCACUGAACAUUAGAUGUGUUUUAAUCUUAGCAAGCCAGUUGUGCUUGGUAUGCACUGUAGCUAUAUGUUUCAGUGAGAGUGCCAAAAGUUUGAUAGCUAGCUAGCAAGAGAGACCACUCACAAUCCUUGAUCUGCACUGCCAGAGCUAUUUUGGGAGGAUGACCAAAAAACGAAAGCAAACCACAAGUUUCACACCUCCCCAGCCUAGCUCACUCAGAUCAAGGAAGAGAAAGUGCUGGGAUGAGUCAGAGGAGAUCGCCCCCUCUGGAGAGGCAGUGGAAGCACAGCCCUCACACCUAGAACAGCAGGACACUGAGGGAAGAGUGUUAAACACCACCUCUCCUCCUAAAGAUCCCCACCACCCUCUGACGGCCUGUACUACUCAUCCAUCUCAGCAGGCUAACAAAGCGGGAGAUACCACUGCACCCAAGCAAGAGGGUGAUCCAGUGGAGGAAAGUCCUGUUGUGACUGGCUUCGAGGGAGAACAGGCCAUUGGAGGGGCUAUGGAGCGGGCGGGCACAGAGGAGGCAGUUCCAACCAAUCAGGAUGGUGGAGAUAGUCCACAGGAAGACCAUAGUGUGGAGUCCUCCGUUAAAGAGGACGAGGAUAGAGAAGAAGAAGACAUCAAGACACAGAGUUUCCUCAGCUUCCCCCCACACCCACUGACUGCAGCACAGCCCCAGCCCACCCUGCCUCCUUCCAAGGAGGUCAACGUUGGGGACGGGGACAGUCAAACCGACAAUGAAGAGGAGCAGUGUGGAGAGAAGAACCCGAAGCCCAAAAUGGAGGAGCUCGACAGUGAACCGCAGGAGGCUAUAGAUGACAGAGGUGUUUGUCUGGGUGGUGGGAGGGAGGGGCCUCCAGUGGAGGAGGACAGGUCUGUGGAAGCACCAGUGAAGAAGAGGAGAAGGAGAAUGGGGAUGUGUGGUCUGGGAGAGAGGGAGAGGAGGAGAGGAAGAGAGGAGGAGCGGCAGAAGGAAAGAAAGAGUGUGACGGAAGGAGGGAGGGAGGGAGAAGAGAUGGUUCUGGCGAGGAAAGCGGAGGAGGAGAAAGUGGAGAAAGAGAGAGAGGAGGACAUCGAGCAGAGUGGUGAUAGUGGUGGUGGUGAUGCCAACCUGGUGGCUGUAGAGGGAACUGCAGCAACAUCAUCCUCUGAUCCGUCCCUCCUUUCAUCGAUCCCUCCAUCCGUUCCUCUGGGGAGUACCACUGAGCAGACGAAGAAAGAGAAAGAAGAGGAGGAGAAGUUAGAUGAGGAGCAGCUUCAGUCAGUGGGAGAGGCAAGCCAUGCAGGCCCCAGCGAAGUGGCUUAUUCUGGGCCAGAGCAGGUCACAGGAGAGGGUCUCCGGACCGGCCUGGAGGUGGACGCACUGGGCAGUGAGCAGCCUGUGGUGUUGGGGGAAGAAGAGCUAGACACAGAGGGGGUUGUGGAGAAGAACCAGGAGGGGGCUGUGGGUCUAAUGAGCCAGAGGAGAGCCCCCCUAGGGCCCCUACACCAUCCUCCACCACCACCCCUUCCUCUAUCCCUCUGGAGGCUGGGACAGAGAGGGAGCACCACGGAGAGGUUCAGAGCUCACCUACCCAGAGAGAGAAGGGGGCUGAAGAUGGGGCAGGGGCUGGGACUGUGGCCAACCCCCGGGCACUCAGUCUGGCCCCGGUUGACAGAGUAG